AUGGAGGACGAUAUUUCAGACUUGAGCAGACCGCAGAUGUACUUGUUUGGCUGCACCUUGAAAUCCGACAGACGUGAGUUCAAAGUUGAUGUUGAGGACGAUGAUACGGAGCAGCAGCUGUCACUCAAAGCAGCGUGUCUGGGAGCCGACGCGGAGGAUAAGUUCCACAUGGUGGAAGUCGAGGGCCUCACUUAUGAUGGGAAAACAACCAAAGUGCCACUGGUUGCCCUGAAACCAUCCGUCCUUCCCUCCAUGAAUUUAGGUGGAUUUGAGAUCACACCUCCAGUUACUUUCCGUCUCCAGUCGGGCUCUGGACCAGUUCACAUCAGCGGGCAGCAUUUUGUUAGUGUGAAGGACUCAGAGGAUGAGGAAGAGGAGAACAACUCGUCACCGGUGAAGCGGCCUGCGAACCUGAUUUCAGGAAAAAAGCCUCUACUGAAAAAACUAAAGAUGGAUUCUGACGACGAUGAAGAAGACAGCGAUGAGGAUGAUGAUGAUGACGAUGAAGAUGACGACAGCGAUGAAAAUGAUGUGAAGCCUCAGAAGAUUGUCGGAAAAGAGCUCAAAAAAAGUCUGGAGUCUCCGGCUAAAAAGCCCAACAAAACUCCGGUGAAACAGAACGGCCCUGCAGGAAAACCAUCAGGAUCAGCUGUCAAAGCGCAGAUUAAGACACCUGCCCCAGGAAAAGACAAACCCCAGGCUGGGCCGUCUAAAUCUCCGUCUGUGGCUGAGAUUAAGAACAAGUUGUCAACGGCAGCCAAGGAGGGAAAAACACUACCGAAGACGGAGCAGAAGUUUGAGAAUUUUGUGAAGAGUUCAUUUAAAAUUUCGGACAAAAAAGUGGUCAAGGACCUCUGGAGUUUUGUACAAACACUGAAGAAGUAACAAUCCUUGUACUUGGAAGCAUUUCUAUGUUUUGCAUCCUGCAAGACAUUUAAAGGCACAGUCGGCGAGAUUUCCUACUCAG